GAUAUUGUUGUAAUGACUGGUGUUCGAGAUAUCUCUUGUAGGCUUUGCCUAAAAACUAUAGCCGAUAAAAGUUUUGAAGUAAUAAACAACGUUAUCAUGGAUAUUCUUGAUGUUCUUUUGCUGAAACUGAAAUUAGAUGAUGUCAGCAAGGAGGUUAUAUGUAGUGUUUGCAAAAGAAAAUUAUACGCAGCAUUAGAAUUCAAGUCAGCUUGUUUGAAUACCGAUAACAUAAUUAUUCCAUAUGUGGAUUGCGAAAAAAUGUUACAGCUCGACUUAAGGGAAGUGUACAGGAAGGAAAAGAGAGACGAGUCAAUUUCAGAGAAUCAGAAAAUAUGUCGAUUGUGUAUGCAACUAGUAAGAAGUGAGUUUAGGUGCAUACGUGAAAAGGAACUCGAAGCUAUUCAGAAACUUACUCCUGAAAUGAAUAUAAAUAUCAUCGUAGAUCCCGUUGUUUGUAAACAGUGUUUGGAUUCCCUGUGCACCCACAAUAGUUUCUGCAGAGAAUGUUUGGAAGCAGAGGAAAACUUUAAAGGUAGUUCUGAUGGUCAAGCCACAGAAAGUCAAGUUGAUACAUCAUCAUCCAAUUUAUUCGUUAAGACUGAAAACUUGGACCCAGAAUUCGAUAUUAACGAGAUGGAAAUGUCAAUCAAAGCCGAUAUUGUCGACAUAAAAUCUGAACAUGAGGAAAGAAGCGACAGGCCACUGGAGAGCUCCGAUACCGUACCAUUCGAGGAGAGUGUCUGUAAAGAUGAAGAAGAGGAUGGAUGUAAGCACGAGGAUAGAUCGCCGAAUAAAUAUAAUAAGAAAAAAAAGCAGGAACGUAAUGAAUUGUACAGAUGUGAUAAAUGUAGUUACAAAACUGAAAGUAAGAUCCAUUUUGUAGCACACUGUGCUAGAUGUGGGAAUAAUUCGGAAGUGUACAAGUGCAGAACGUGCGAUUAUGAAACUAAAUUUAAGGGUAAUAUCAAAAACCAUCAAUUGACACAUAAGGAUCCUUCGGAAGUUCAAAUGUACAGCUGUAACGACUGCGAUUACGAAACUAAAUUCAGGGGUAAUAUUAUAGGGCACCAACUGAAACAUAAAAAUACUUUCCAGGUUCAAAUGUACAAGUGUAACGAUUGCGAUUAUGAAACCAAAUAUAAAAGAGCUAUCAAACGGCACCAUCUGAAGCAUAAAGAUUCAUCACAGGUUCAAAUGUACAGCUGUAACGACUGCGAUUACGAAACUAAAUUCAGGGGUAAUAUAAUAGGGCACCAACUGAAACAUAAAAAUACUUUCCAGGUUCCAAUGUACAAGUGUAACGAUUGCGAUUAUGAAACCAAAUAUAAAAGAGGUAUCAAACGGCACCAUCUGAAGCAUAAAGAUUCAUCACAGAAAAUUGUUGUAAUGACUGGUGUUCGGGAAACUCAUUGUAGGCUUUGCCUUAAAAUUAUAGCCGAUAAAAGUUUCGAAGUGAUAAACAACGUUAUCAGGGAUAUUCUUGAUGUUCUUUUGCUGAAACUGAAAUUGAAUGAUGUGAGCAACGACGAGGUUAUAUGUAAUGUUUGCAAAAGAAAAUUAUACGCAGCAUUAGAUUUCAAGUCAGCAUGUUUGAAUACGGAUAACAUAAUUAUUCCAUAUGUGGAUUGCGAAAAAAUGUUACAGCUCGACUUAAGGGAAGUGUACAGGAAGGAAAAGAGAGACGAGUCAAUUUCAGAGAAUCAGAAAAUAUGUCGAUUGUGUAUGCAACUAGUAACAAGUGAGUUUAGGUGCAUACGUGAGGAGGAACUCGAAGCUAUUCAGAAACUGACUCCUGAAAUGAAUAUAAAUAUCAUCAUAGAUCCCGUUGUAUGUAAGGUGUGUUUGGAUUCCCUGUGCACCCACAACAGUUUCUGCAGAGAAUGUUUGGAAGUAGAGGAAAACUUUAAAGGUAGUUCUGAUGGUCAAGCCACAGAAAGUCAAGUUGGUACAUCACCAUCCAAUUUAUUCGUUAAGACUGAAAACUUGGACCGGGAAUUCGAUAUUAACGAGAUGGGAAUGUCAAUCAAAGCAGAAAUUGUGGACAUAAAAUCUGAAAACGAGGAAAGAAGCGACAAGCCACUGGAGAGCCCCGAUAAUAAACCGUUCGAGAAGAGUGACCGUAAGGUUGCAAAAGAUGAGAGAUGUAAACGCGAGAAUAGAUCAACGAACAAAUAUAAUAAGAAAAAAAAACAGGAGCGCAAUGAAUUGUACAGAUGUGAUAAAUGUAGUUACAAAACUGGAAGUAAGAUCCGUUUUGCAGCACACUGCGCUAGAUGUGGGAAAGAUUCGGAAGUGUACAAGUGCAAAACGUGCGUUUAUACAACUGAGCAUGAGAAAUUAUUUCAAAGGCACCAAUUGCGGCAUAAAUGUCCUUCGCAGGUACAAAUGUACAGGUGUGACGAUUGCGAUUACCAAACUAAAUUAAAGGGUAAUAUGAAAAAUCAUCAACUGACACAUAAGGAUCCUUCGCAGGUUCAAAUGUACAGGUGUAACGACUGCGAUUAUGAAACUAAAUACAAGAGUCAUAUCAAAUCACACCAACUGAAACAUAAAGAUCCUUCACAGGUUGAAAUGUACAGGUGUAACGACUGCGAUUAUAAAACUAAAUACCGCUACUAUAUAAAACAACACCAAUUGAUGCAUAAAGAUCCAUCACAGGUUCAAAUGUACAGAUGUAACGAUUGCGAUUUCGAAACUAAAUACACGAAUCUUAUCAGACGGCAUCAACUGAAGCAUAAAGAUCCAUCACAGUUUCAAAUGUACAGAUGUGACAAAUGCGAUUACGAAACUAAGAACAAGGGUAAUAUCACGCGCCAUCAACUGAUACAUAAAGAUCCAUCACAGGUUCAAAUGUACAGGU